AAGCAGAGGGGGAAGGUGUUUCGUUGAUACGUUCCCAAAAUGGCGCGGGGACCGUGGGCUUUGUUCCUGAUUUCUUGCUUCAUAGUAACUGCAGUUGUAGAUAGCGUGGACAGAGGACCUUACUAUGAUAAUACCCUUCGAACUUGGGAUCAGUCUUCCCAAAGCUGCCAGCAGCUGGGGGCCUGGGACGACGGAGAUUUCAGCGUUAAAGGCUUUCAGGUUCCUCAGCGUCCCCCAAACUACCCUCAAGAUCAGUUCUUCUGGAUCGGAGCUCGAGUUCAACAGACACCUUGGUUUACACAUCUCGGUUGUUAUGAGACACCCACGGCUCCAGAAAAACGCGACAUUUCCAACGAGACGUUUCCCACCUUUUCCUGUUAUUUGUUUUGUGCCAGUUUCAGAAUCUACUUUACAAUGGGUAUAUCGGAAAAGACAUGCUAUUGCUAUGACAACGUUGACAACUACCGUAAAUUGGGAAGCGAACAGUGUUAUUACCAAGAUUUUCCCAACAACCCUGACGAACUUUAUGGCGCCCCAAAUCCCGGAAGUGUGGUUGUAUUCAAAUACCAUCAAACAAGGCCAGUGGCAGCGGAAAAUGACUUUGGGAACUGUGCCAGCUUCCGAUUCUUUGGAACGCAACCCAUUGGACACGCCUACUCUUCCUGCUUGAACAGACUCGGAAGGAUCUGUGAGAACGGACAGAUAUCAAUAAGCGACACAAUACCAUGGACAGAGGCCGUCAAACGGUGUGGCAAGCUGCAAGCAAACUUCAAUGGAUAUUAUAAUGGUCUUACGGAAUCAGUGAAGUAUUAUUCAUUGUGGACAGGAUUCUAUAGAAGGAGCAUCGAGAAAUGGACCCCACCAAGUCAAGGUUCAAAUCUGGUAACCAUGGUAGACAACCUUCAUUCCAGUCACUGUGUUGCGGUCAAGGUCAAUAAUGACGGCACCCUUUAUCAGAUCACAUAUCCACAACUCUGUACAAAAUCUCUGCCAACUUUAUGUGAAAAAUCCACAAGAGUUGAUGGGAAUUGGGCGUCAUGGGGUGUGUGGAGCCAGUGUCCUGUCACAUGUGGAGGGGGUACCAUACAACGGAGUCGCGAAUGUACAAACCCACCACCUAAACACGGAGGGAGCGAUUGCGUGGGAGAUGCUGUCGAAUCUAAACCGUGUAACACAGAUCCCUGUCCAGUUGACGGCAAUUGGUCAUCUUGGAGUCCAUGGGGAAACUGUUCAUCAGAUUGCGGGAAAGGUGAACAUUGGCGCAGCCGGGAAUGUAACAACCCCAAACCUGAACACAAUGGGAAGGACUGCGAGGGUGACGAGAGGCAACGCCAGGAGUGCAUCGGGUGUCCAUUUCAAAAGGAACUUACACUUUGGACUUCAUGGUCCACGUGCUCUGUAACAUGUGGUAACGGAAUUCAGUCCAGAAGCAGAAGAUGUGAUCUUAAGGAUGAUGAAAAACAUCUGUGUAGUUAUGAAGAGAAGGGAGAAAGAGAAUGCAAAACAAACAUAGAAUGUCCUAUUGAUGGAAAUUGGUCCGAUUGGUCUACAUGGGGUGAAUGUUCUAAAACUUGUGGACAUGGCGAGGAAACAAGGAUAAGAACAUGUACAAAUCCGCCCCCACAACAUGGAGGAAAAGAUUGUCCGGGAGUGGGACUGGAAUCUAGGAAAUGUAUCGGUUGUCCAGGAGGAAAAACUUUGACCCCUUGGACAGCUUGGGGACAAUGUUCAGUAUCUUGUGGAAGCGGAGAACAGAGCAGAUUCAGAGAGUGUGAUCUAACACCCGCUGAACAAAUUCAAUUCAACUGUACCUUUAAAGACGAACAGAAAAAGUCAUGCAAGAUGCCGGAUUGUCCGAUUGACGGUGGAUGGUCUCCCUGGUCCGCAUGGGGCAAAUGUUCUAACACUUGUGGACGUGGUCAGGAAACGAGAACAAGAACGUGUACAAACCCACCGCCACAAAAUGGAGGCGCAGACUGUGUAGGAUCUGGCACGGAAUCUCGUGAUUGUAUAGGAUGUCCAGGAGGAAAAACUUUGACUCCUUGGACAGCUUGGGGACAGUGUUCAGUGUCUUGUGGAAGCGGAGAACAGAGCAGAUUCAGAGAGUGUGAUCUAACACCCGCCGAACUAAUUCAAUUCAACUGUACCUUUAAAGACGAACAGAAAAAGCCAUGCAAGAUGCCGGAUUGUCCGAUUGACGGUGGAUGGUCUCCCUGGUCCGCAUGGGGCAAAUGUUCUAACACUUGUGGACGUGGUCAGGAAACGAGAACAAGAACGUGUACAAACCCACCGCCACAAAAUGGAGGCGCAGACUGUGUAGGAUCUGGCACGGAAUCUCGUGAUUGUAUAGGAUGUCCAGGAGGAAAAACUUUGACCCCUUGGACAGCUUGGGGACAGUGUUCAGUAUCUUGUGGAAGCGGAGAACAGAGCAGAUUCAGAGAGUGUGAUCUAACACCCGCCGAACAAAUUCAAUUCAACUGUACCUUUAAAGACGAACAGAAAAAGCCAUGCAAGAUGCCGGAUUGUCCGAUUGACGGUGGAUGGUCUCCCUGGUCCGCAUGGGGCAAAUGUUCUAACACUUGUGGACGUGGUCAGGAAACGAGAACAAGAACGUGUACAAACCCACCGCCACAAAAUGGAGGCGCAGACUGUGUAGGAUCUGGCACGGAAUCUCGUGAUUGUAUAGGAUGUCCAGGAGGAAAAACUUUGACCCCUUGGACAGCUUGGGGACAGUGUUCAGUAUCUUGUGGAAGCGGAGAACAGAGCAGAUUCAGAGAGUGUGAUCUAACACCCGCCGAACAAAUUCAAUUCAACUGUACCUUUAAAGACGAACAGAAAAAGCCAUGCAAGAUGCCGGAUUGUCCGAUUAACGGUGGAUGGUCUCCCUGGUCUGCAUGGGGCAUAUGUUCUAACACUUGUGGACGUGGUCAGGAAACGAGAACAAGAACGUGUACAAACCCACCGCCACAAAAUGGAGGCGCAGACUGUGUAGGAUCUGGCACGGAAUCUCGUGAUUGUAUAGGAUGUCCAGGAGGAAAAACUUUGACCCCUUGGACAGCUUGGGGACAGUGUUCAGUAUCUUGUGGAAGCGGAGAACAGAGCAGAUUCAGAGAGUGUGAUCUAACACCCGCCGAACAAAUUCAAUUCAACUGUACCUUUAAAGACGAACAGAAAAAGCCAUGCAAGAUGCCGGAUUGUCCGAUUGACGGUGGAUGGUCUCCCUGGUCUGCAUGGGGCAAAUGUUCUAACACUUGUGGACGUGGUCAGGAAACGAGAACAAGAACGUGUACAAACCCACCGCCACAAAAUGGAGGCGCAGACUGUGUAGGAUCUGGCACGGAAUCUCGUGAUUGUAUAGGAUGUCCAGGAGGAAAAACUUUGACUCCUUGGACAGCUUGGGGACAGUGUUCAGUGUCUUGUGGAAGCGGAGAACAGAGCAGAUUCAGAGAGUGUGAUCUAACACCCGCCGAACAAAUUCAAUUCAACUGUACCUUUAAAGACGAACAGAAAAAGCCAUGCAAGAUGCCGGAUUGUCCGAUUGACGGUGGAUGGUCUCCCUGGUCCGCAUGGGGCAAAUGUUCUAACACUUGUGGACGUGGUCAGGAAACGAGAACAAGAACGUGUACAAACCCACCGCCACAAAAUGGAGGCGCAGACUGUGUAGGAUCUGGCACGGAAUCUCGUGAUUGUAUAGGAUGUCCAGGAGGAAAAACUUUGACCCCUUGGACAGCUUGGGGACAGUGUUCAGUGUCUUGUGGAAGCGGAGAACAGAGCAGAUUCAGAGAGUGUGAUCUAACACCCGCCGAACAAAUUCAAUUCAACUGUACCUUUAAAGACGAACAGAAAAAGCCAUGCAAGAUGCCGGAUUGUCCGAUUGACGGUGGAUGGUCUCCCUGGUCCGCAUGGGGCAAAUGUUCUAACACUUGUGGACGUGGUCAGGAAACGAGAACAAGAACGUGUACAAACCCACCGCCACAAAAUGGAGGCGCAGACUGUGUAGGAUCUGGCACGGAAUCUCGUGAUUGUAUAGGAUGUCCAGGAGGAAAAACUUUGACCCCUUGGACAGCUUGGGGACAGUGUUCAGUGUCUUGUGGAAGCGGAGAACAGAGCAGAUUCAGAGAGUGUGAUCUAACACCCGCCGAACAAAUUCAAUUCAACUGUACCUUUAAAGACGAACAGAAAAAGCCAUGCAAGAUGCCGGAUUGUCCGAUUGACGGUGGAUGGUCUCCCUGGUCCGCAUGGGGCAAAUGUUCUAACACUUGUGGACGUGGUCAGGAAACGAGAACAAGAACGUGUACAAACCCACCGCCACAAAAUGGAGGCGCAGACUGUGUAGGAUCUGGCACGGAAUCUCGUGAUUGUAUAGGAUGUCCAGGAGGAAAAACGUUGACCCCUUGGACAGCUUGGGGACAGUGUUCAGUGUCUUGUGGAAGCGGAGAACAGAGCAGAUUCAGAGAGUGUGAUCUAACACCCGCCGAACAAAUUCAAUUCAACUGUACCUUUAAAGAAGAACAGAAACAGCCAUGCAAAAUACGAGAAUGUCCAAUUGAUGGAAAUUGGGGACCAUGGUCAAUGUGGAGUGAAUGCUGUGUAAAUAGCCGCUCUCGUAUCCGGGAAUGUAAUAACCCUCCUCCUCAACAUGGAGGAACGUGUCAUGGGACAUUUAUUGAAGGGGAAACGUGUUUUGGCUGUCCAGGAACCUGGCCAGAUCCUGUCUGGACUGCCUGGUCUGAUUGUUCUGUCACCUGUGGUUUUGGAGAGCAAAGAAGGACUCGCUCCUGUGAACUUCCAAUAGCUUCACGGAUAAAAUACAAAUGUUUCACAAGGGAAACUGAAACUAAAAAUUGUUCGAAGGUCCAAUGUAUUGGUUCCUGUGUUAGCGACUGUAAGCACUGGGUAAACGGCCAUUAUCAGUCCUGUGAAACCUGCAGCGGAUAUGUGAGUUGUGCAAACCAGAUUUUGUACAAACGCAGCUGCCCUGCGAAUCUAGUUUGGGACGAUCAUGCGAAACAAUGCCUGUACAUCUCCACAACAUGCCCUCCUCCCAUAACAACGCCUAAAACAAACAGGUUACUCAGAAUGAAGAGGUCUGUCGAAAUGAAUGCAGAGUCUACUCGCUUGACUAAUAUUUCCUUGGAAACGAAUACUAAGAGAUGGGUCUUGCUGGGUUCUAGUUUUAUUGGUGGCGUUAUGAUUGUAGCUUCUCUCCUUGUUAUUAUAAAACUGAGAAGACAAUCACGCGUCGUCUAUCACAGUAUAAACGAAUGAUACAAUUGUUAACAGACGACAGAACUACUAGUACUUCGAAGACAUAGGAUUCAGAACCUGAAAUUAUUCCGGUUUUUUUCUUCUUUUUUUUUGUAUAACACUAGUUUCUACAAAUUAUUUACAUUCUUUUCCUAUUAAAUACAUGUAUAGCGGAAUUUCUUGUUGUUAUUAUGUUAUUUCAAUUAAAUAUAAAUGCUGCCGCCUUCUUUUGAAUAAAGAGGAUCUAAAAGUUUUUGAAAAAA